GAGUGGAAUAUUGAAAUAUUAUUAAAUAGGUAUGUGUAGUACAUGCAGAGGAUAUUUUGAAUUUGUAUAAAUUUGGAAUAACCAUUAAUAUGCACAAUUUUGAGCGUGAAAUGGAGAUAUGCGUCAUUAUUAAACUUCCGUUUUUCAGCGUUUCGUGAUGAUUUGGUCCAGUUAGACUAUGAGAAUUAUAUGUAAUAAGUAGUCACAAUUGCUUCUAUUUGAUUAACAAUGGAAGCAGCAAAUCAGGAAAAGCAACUCCCUUCUCGGGGGCUAAAGCAAGUGAAGGUGGAUAAUUGGGGAACUUUCUUUCUCCAAAGACUGCAACAACUUUAUUUUGAGGAAGAAUUGCUCGAUCUUACAAUCAAAUUCCCUACUAGCGAUAUCACUGUUCAGGCUCAUCGUUUAGUCAUAACAACAUGCACAGAUUAUUUCAUGCAAUUGGAACGCGAACAAAAAGGGAAAGAUAAAAACUUUGAUGGGAUAAUCGUUAUGCCAUCGGACAUGCCAUACGAAUGCGUCAAGUCAAUUAUAAGUUUUAUGUACACUGGACAAUUGGAAUAUUGGACUUCUGAGCAACAUGCUUUAUAUCGUACUGCACAAAAAAUGAAUAUGACUGUUCUGACUAAAUUGCUUGAUGCACAAUUUAAUACCGCUUCUCUACAAAACGAGCAAUCCCCGAAGACCAAUGCACGACCGGUAAUAGCAGUUUCUAAGCCUUCAACUUCUAGCACAAAACCAACAACUACUUCCAGUUCGUCUCCAGGACUUUCAAGUCAGCCAUUACCCGGUAGAAAACUACCUAUUUGGAAAAGGAAAUUAGAUACACCACAAAACACACCAUCGCCCAUAUUUGAAAUGCGAACAUUCCAUGGGAUGCCCUCGACAAACAGGCCUACAGAGGUGACUCCUGGACCGUCACGAUUCGAUCUCCCCGAAGCCGAAGAGUUUGCGCUCGGCAUAUUUUCAUCGUUCGACGACAUCACGUAUAAUACAAAGCCUAUAGUUCAAGCACCGGACAAAUACAAACGAGAUAGUUCGCCUAGCGGUAAAUGUUCACCGGACAGGGACAGCAAAAACGACACGACCGAGGACGAGGAGGACGAGGGCCACAUGAACGAGAAAAGCCUGAAAGAAAUGAAUUCGGACGACGACUGGUCCGUGGCCAGAUGUUUCCAAAGGGGCCAGGAAACGCAGCCUUCGCCGUCGAAGAGAGUACGGUUCGAUCUCGAAGAGAAAGAGAACAUGGAGAAAGGAAAAUCGACCUUCAGGGCGAAUUCCGAAGAUUCGAUCAACAAUCACGCGAAGAUCAUUCGAGAGGUAUUGAAGAAGUAUCCUCAUCUAGUGAAGAACAAUAAGAACAUACGUUUAAAGAUAAUGCAAAAAGAGGCGAAAUCCUCGGAGAGCAACGCGGCGUGCAAAACGAAAGUUUCGUACGUGGUAUUGAAGUCUGAUCACUUGAUGUCGAACACCAACGGCGAGGAGAACGAAUCGAAAAGCAACGGGAACGUCGACGGCGGCGAGACCGGACCUUGGAAAUGCAGUAAAUGCGACAUAGAGGGGGAGUACACGAACUACUAUAUGUACAGAAGACAUAUGCAGGACGUGCACGAGGAGAAAUUCGAUCCGAGGGUUUGCGAGCACUGCGGUUACAAGGCGACCAAACGGAACAUCCUGAUGUAUCAUCUUUAUACGAAACACAACGUGCCUCCGCCGAAGAGCAUGUGUUUCCCGAAGUGCCAGGCCUGCUCGUACGUGGCGCUGUCGGAGACGCUUUUGGUGAGACAUCAGAUAAAUCAUCAUCAUCGUCCAACGUCGCGUCAGCAUUCGUCGACGUCGGAGGACAUUCAGUGCACCCAGUGCUCGCAGACGUUCAAGGACGUGCACGAGCUCACGGCGCACGAGAUAAACACCGGCCACGGGAAUCUGCCGGACGGAAAGGAAAAGGGUCACCGUUGCACUCACUGCGGCAAGGUUUUCGUACGCGCCACGAAUUUGCAAGUUCAUCUCGAUUGCGUGCACAAGGACGUACGGGAUUCGGAGUCCGUGUCCUCGCGACAGAUCUCUUUGGUACCUUCCUCGGAAGCGGAGGCCCUCAGUCACGUCGCGAGCGGCAUAGCGGCCUCUUUGGGUGUCGGGGACAGCGGCACGGCGGAAUCGCCGGAAAGCGGCGAGAACGAUCCGGAGUACGUAGUGCCGGACAUGGAGUUAAAUAACAUGUCGGACGAGAUAAGUUACAGUACCCACGAGCUCGUCGAGCAGCCCAUGAUCAUGCUGAUCGACAAUGAAAAUUAUCAGCAACAGGAGAACGAGCAACAGCAAUCGCAACCGCAACAGUUGAACAUUUCUGAUAACGAACAGAUCGUGAUGCAGGGCACGGAAGAUGGGAUGAUCGUUUAUAUUCACGGGAACGACGAAGGCGAGCGGCAAACGUACGAGCAUUAUCAGUCGGACGAGCUCACCGAGGAGACUGAGGAAAUAGUGGAGGAAGUGGUCGAGGAGGUCGAAGAAAAAGUAAUGGAGGAGGAGGAGAUGCAAGUCGAACAGUCGGAGAUCUUGGAGGAAUGCAACGUUGAUCAAGUGGAGGAGGUUAUACAGUACGUGGAGGAACAGACGGAAAUAGUGGAAUACGACGAGCAAUGUAGCGAACAAAGUAACAGUGCCGACGAGCCUCAAGAAUCGGUUAUGAUCAUCGAGGAGGAGCACGUUGACGAGGAAGAGGAAGAAGAAGAGGACCCCGAGAAGAACGAUAAAGGAAACAAAAGAACAAGCUUCACAGAGUGGGACGAGGACAGUAGAGAAUUAGUCGAAUCAUAAGUAACAAUAUUAUUGUGGUGAAAUGGUCGGCCGACAAAUCUCAAAUCCCGAUGAUUCUUGGGUUAAAAUCGCGCCGUUUGCGCCCUCUUUUUUCCUAGACUAUUUACACUGGCUUUAUCGUUUCUUAUUUGUCAACAGUGUCUACGACUAACAAAUGGAUACGUUUCGGUUGCAUUUCAUUCCGUUUCUUCGAUUGAUUUUUGUGUAGUAAAUGGAGAAAGUAGCUUUAGCGAAUAUAAAGAAAAUUAUAUAAACGAACACAGUUAUACUUUAAA